UGUAAACAAACACAAUACAUUGUGCUUGGAUUGCGAAUUUCAUUCAAUCCGACUCUUUGCGUUUCAAACUCUUUUCCUUAUUCAAAUCUAAUCCUUUCAAAUAAAUACUUGUAGUGGCAGAACACAACUGAAAUUAUUGAACGGGUACACUUCUCAUCAGUUUACUAUAUUGAGUAGAAAGAACAACGAGAAGAUACAUUUGAACUUCAAUCAAACGUGAAUUCUGUUUUGUGAUACUUUUGAGGAGUAUAAAAUUGUGCGUUAAAUAUGUCUAAACAAUAUGGUCUGAUCGAUCCAAAAUCAAAUAAGUCAAUGAGACCUGGCCUCCUGAAGCAUGCUGCUUUUGCAAGUGAUUCUGACUCCGAUUCACAGGACCCGAAGAAACCGGUCAAUCUCGAAUUAGGGGAAAGCCAAAGACGGCAAGCACGUGUGGCCCAGGAAAAGGCGCUGGCCGAAGAUCCUACCAUUUAUCAGUAUGAUGAGUUAUACGAUGAUAUCGAGAGCAAGCGAAAAGAGGCAAAGGUCGAUAAAACGAAAGAAGAACGAAAGCCGAAAUAUAUAAGCAAACUAUUGGAAACGGCAGAAAAACGUAAGAAAGAACAGGAGAGACGGAUCGAACGUCAAGUUCAGAAGGAAAGGGAAGCCGAAGGCGAAAUGUACAAAAACAAGGAAUCAUUUGUGACUUCCGCAUAUCGGGCGAAACUGGAGGAAAUGAAGAAGGCAGAAGAACUGGAAAAACGAGAGGAGUAUUUGGAGAGUAUUGGAGAUGUUACGAAGCAAUGCGAUUUGGACGGAUUUUAUAGACACAUAUAUUCCCAAAAGCUAGGCGAAAUUAAAGUGAGCAAAGAAGAUGUUAAAGACGAAAACAGUGGCGGCGAUUCGGACACCAAAGAACGAGAACAAACUAAGGAGCAAACAAGCAGGAAAGAAGUGCCUCGAAAUGAAGCACUCGCGUCUUCUAAAUCAAGACAGUACCGUAAAAGAUGUUCUGAUGAUGAGGAGAAUGUCGAAGCUGAAAAAAAUGAUUCCUCUAAAAAAGUGCAUUUGCAAUCCAAUCUCGAUGCUGAUUCUGAUUUCAGUAUUGAUAGUAAUAGCAGCAGUAGCGGCGAGAAUGAUGAUGAUAGUGAUAAAAGCGCAAUUUCUAGCAAAGAACAAAUGAAAAAGAGUCGCAUAUCAGAUAAAUCUCUAGAGCAGAAUGCUGAUACUAUAGAGUUAAAAAAGAGUGAAGAGGAAAAGGAAAAGUUAAAUACUACUGAUAGCAACAAAAACGGAGAACUUGUUGAGAAGAAUAACAUAAAAAAGGAAGAAAAAAAGAAGGAACCUAAAAUCGAUAUAUGGAAGAAGCGAACUGUUGGUGCAGUUUUUGAUAGUGCUCUCCAGAGGUACUAUGAGCGCAAAGCUGCCAGAAUUGGGGGAUGAAAAUAUUGUGUAUCGUUUCAUUUAUUCUGAAAAUAAAUUACGUGUUGAUAUUCUCUUCAA